UCAAGAUCUCUGCCAGAGAGCUGGGAGGAGAAAGGAAAUUCCAAGAGCUGGCCAGUAUUUAUGAGAAACAAGCACGCUUGCAUUCUUGCAAAGUCCUCUUGGAAGCAGCUCUUAUCAGCUCUUGAUUCGUCUUGCCGCCUCAACUUUGUUAAGACAAAGUAGCAUCUUAGAUAUGGCUCCAGAGACCCACAUGCCAGAACCCAUAUGCCUCAUUGGGAACAGCGGGGAACAGCUCGUGGCCAACCAGGAAGCCCUGAAGAUUCUGUCUGCCAUCACACAGCCUGUGGUGGUGGUGGCCAUCGUGGGCCUCUACCGUACAGGCAAAUCCUACCUGAUGAACAAGCUGGCUGGCAAGGAGAAAGGCUUUUCUGUUGGAUCCACUGUGCAGUCUCACACCAAGGGCAUCUGGAUGUGGUGUGUCCCUCAUCCCCAGAAGCCAGACCACACCGUAGUUCUCCUUGACACAGAGGGCCUGGGAGAUGUGGAGAAGAUUGAUGAAAAGAGUGAUACUCAGAUCUUUGCACUGGCAAUCCUUCUCAGUAGCAUCUUUGUAUACAACACCAUGAACAAAAUUGACCAGGGGGCUAUUGACCUACUGCACACCGUGACAGAACUGACAGAUCUGCUCCAGACAAGGAACUCCUCCGACCUUAAUACAGUUAGAGAACCUGCUGACAUGAGCUUCUUUCCGGACUUGGUGUGGACUCUCAGAGAUUUCUUCCUAAGUCUGGAAACAGACGGGCAUGCCAUCACACCAGAUGAAUAUCUGGAGAACUCACUGAAGCUGAGACAAGGUAGUGAUGAAAAAACUCAAAUAUUCAACGUGCCCCGACUGUGUAUUCAGAAGUUCUUCCCAGUGAAGAAAUGCUUUGUUUUUGACUCCCCUGCUGACAGAAAUAAGCUUUCCCAGCUUCAAACGCUCAACAGUGAUGAGCUGAGCCCUGAAUUUGUGCAGGAGCUGUCAGAAUUCUGUUCUCACAUCUUCACCCAUUCCAAGACCAAGACUCUCCCAGGAGGCAUCCAGGUCAAUGGACCUCGUCUAGAGAGCCUGGUGAUGACCUACAUCGAUGCUAUCAAUAGUGGGGCUCUGCCUUGCAUGGAGAACACAGUGGUAACCUUGGUCCGGAGAGAGAACUCGGCAGCAGUGCAAAGGGCUGUCACUCACUAUGAUCAGCAGAUGAGCCAGAGGGUGCAGUUGCCCACAGAGACCCUCGAGGAGCUGCUGGACCUACACCGGACCUGUGAGAAUGAAGCCUUGGAAAUCUUCAGGAAGGAUUCUUUCAAGGAUGAGGACCAAUGUUUCCAGAAGGAAUUGAAGACCCUACUAAGUGCAAAGCAGGAUGAGAUUUGUAAGAAGAAUGUGGAAGCCUCUGCAAACCACUGCUCAACCCUACUUCAGAAUAUUUUUAAGCCCCUGGAACAACAAGUGGCACAGGGGAUCUAUGCUACACCAGGAGGCCACCGUCUCUUCCUUCAGAAGAUGGAACAGCUGAAGGCACAGUACCGUCAGCAGCCAAGGAAGGGAACACAGGCUGAGGAAGUGCUGCAGGAAUAUUUGAAGGCCAAAGAACAACUGAGCAAUACAAUUCUACAAACAGACCAGGCUCUCACAGCCAAGGAGAAUGAGAGAAAAGCGGAACAAGCCAGGGCAGCAGCUGCAAGGGCUGAAGCACAGAGGUUGCGGGCGAUUCGAAUCCAGGAAGAGCAGAGGAGAGCUGAGCAGCAGAGACAGUAUCAAGAGGAACUGAGGCAAAUAGAGAUCAACAAAGCAAACUUCCAGGCACAGCAAGAGAGGAUCAGGAAAGAGAGGAUUCAGCAAGAGGCUGCGAGGAUCAGAGCAGAACAAGAAGCUAAACUCAGAGAACUCAAUCAACAGCUUGAGGCUGCAAGGGCAAUGAACCAUCAUCACUCGUCAGGCAAUGAUUGCAUCUUACUCUAAAGCACCAAAAGCCAGGGUUUCCCAUUCUAACUGCCCCUCAUUGAAGACACAAAGGAGCAAGUGACUAAAAGACUUGAGACAACCACUGGUUAUAAAACUCCAAUGCCCCCUGUCUGACUGCUGUAUUUGUCUCAAGGUAUUUUACACUACCUAGGGGAUGUUAAUUUGAUCAACAUCUUGGACUCACAUGUGUAUCUCUCCUGCUGGUAGACACAGAAAGAAAGUACCAAUGAAAAAUCAGAAACAGUGUACAUUUCUCAACUGGAUGGAGGCCCUUAGUCUGCGGGCAGUGUGGCUCUUCAGUAAUGUUAGCUGGCCAUUUGCACGUUCUCUUUCCUCUGUGUUUCUUCUAUGGGAGCGCAAUCACAUUAUAGUCAGUCUUGUCACAUGCCCAGCUAUCACGUCACUCACUUAGAGGUAGAUUUGUUUCUAUUGAUUGUCUUCUCUGCCAGCUUCACGUUCACAUUCUAUCUUUUGAUAUGAUCAUUACAGAAAUUCUUCUUCACCAAUACAGUGUUUUUGAUACACAGAAUUGCUAACUGGCUCUAUUUUCAUUUUUCUUCCUUAAAGUCUAUACCUGCCCAUGUUUAUUGCUCACUUUCUACCAGAUUCUUAAACAGUAGUCAUACUUAUAUUUAAUCAUUUUAGUGAUUUAAGAUUCAAACAUUUUAAAUGAUUUUUUUUUUUGGUUUUACGAGACAGGGUUUCUCUGUAUUGUUUUGGAGGCUGUCGGUCUAGCCCGGCCUUGAACUCACAGAGAUCUGCCUGCCUCUGCCUCCCAAGUGCUGGGGUUAAAGGUGUGCGCCACCACUGCCCAGCCAAUAUCUGAUAUUCUAAUUUUAUCUCUAUUCAUGGGUCUAUUUACUUUACCUCUUUAAAAUAAAUAACUGUACUUGG